GAGUUGGUGCAGAAUUUUGUUUAAAAACUCAAAUUCAACGAGGUGCUCCUUAUGGUUCUCUAAAAGGAUGUUAUGAGUUAAAGGGAAAUUCCAAUGAAACUUUUUUUGGACUUAGUUUGCUAAAUCGUCCAGGUCUAAGUUUUUCUAAUCCUUAUAAAGAUGAGUUUACGGAUGAAGAUUUGUAUCCUGCCUUGAUGGAUCCCAUAUCAUGUACUAUCCAUUGUGGUGACUUCUUUUUUAAAUAUGCUGCUCUCAAAAACGGAAAUGAGUGUUAUUGUGGAAACGAUACUAUUGAAUCAUCGUAUAAUCAAAUAAACAAUACAUUUUGUAAUAAAACUUGUGUAGGAUGUCUUGAUUAUAAUUGUACGUCUAAUGACAAGUGUGGUGGGGAAACUGUUUAUACAGUUUAUGAUGUAAAGAUUCCGGAUAACAAAGUGCCGACAGACGGAGGAAAUAUAAAUAUAGAAGAAAAACUUGACAUAAUUAGUAAUGUCAAAAAUAGUAGCAAUCCUCGAUAUGAACCUCGCUUUUUAAACUGUAUUAAAGAUAGUUCUGAUUGUUAUAAGAGGAUAUUAAAUAGUACUGAAGUGUACGAGACGGGAGUUGAUACAAUUGAUAA